AUGGCCGCCGCUGUCGCUGCCCCCUACGUCCGGGCCAACGGUCAUGAGCUUGAGCAGACGACCGACUUUGUCGAGGAGGUCAACAUCCUCAAGGACCAGGUCAACAAGCAGCAAGAUGACUUCUACGAGGAGUCCAAGUUCGACCAGCAGAAGGACAAGACAGCCUUCCGCCAGUACGAAGACGCCUGCGAUCGUGUCAAAACCUUUUACAAGGAGCAGCACGAGAAGCAGACUGUCGAGUACAACCUCGCCGCCCGCGAAAAGUUCGCCAUUGACGUCACCGGCAACAAACCCUGCCGUGACGAGAUGACCAUCUGGGAGGCCAUGGAGAAGCUCAACACCCUCAUCGACAACUCUGACCCAGACACCGAGCUGUCCCAGAUUCAGCACCUGCUCCAGACCGCCGAGGCCAUGCGCCGCGAUGGCAAGCCCCGCUGGAUGCAGCUCACCGGCCUGAUCCACGACCUCGGCAAGCUCCUCUACUUCUAUGGCGCCGAGGGCCAGUGGGACGUUGUUGGCGACACCUUCCCCGUUGGCUGCGCCUUUGACAACCGCAUCGUCCUGCCUAGUACCUUCGAGGGCAACCCCGACAACAAGCACCCCGUCUACAGCACCAAGCACGGCAUCUAUAAGCCCGGUUGCGGCAUCGAGAACCUCAUGAUCUCAUGGGGCCACGACGAGUACAUGUACCGGGUCUGCAAGGAGCAGUCCAAGCUGCCCCGCGAGGCUCUUGCCAUGAUUCGCUACCACUCAUUCUACCCUUGGCACCGCGAGGGCGCUUACCGCGAGUUCAUGAAGGAGGGUGACGAGGACCUCCUCAAGGCCGUCCUGGCCUUCAACCCCUACGACUUGUACAGCAAGUCCGAUGACGCCCCUACCGUUGAGGAGCUCAAGCCUUACUACAUGGAGCUCAUCGAUGAGUACUUCCCCACCAAGGUCAUCAAGUGGUAG